GAAUCUGCCUCAUCAGUCCAAGAUAGCGGACAGUCAGGAAGCCAGCGGUAAUGAAAGGAAGCAGAAAACACCCGAGAUAGCUCGAUAUAAACCAAACCUGACAACAUGUCCUGUUUAAAGGGGCUCCUCACCAGCUGCCUUGUGUUGGCGAGUGUGCUUUCCUGGGCCCAAGCAGUGCCAAUAAGUAUAGAUAAAACAAAGGUGAAGAUCCCUGAGGAAACAGUCAAAGAGCCCCCUCAGAGUGUGGACACUGGACUACAUUAUGACCGCUAUCUCAGAGAAGUUAUUGAUUUCCUUGAAAAAGAUCAACAUUUUAGAGAAAAGCUCCACAACACGGACAUGGAAGAUAUAAAGCAAGGGAAGUUGGCUAAAGAGCUCGACUUUGUCAGCCACCAUGUGCGAAGCAAGCUGGAUGAACUAAAAAGGCAAGAAGUCAGUCGCCUGAGAACCCUGAUCAAGGCCAAGCAAGACAUCGAAGGAGGAAACGAUAUUGCGGUGGAUCACCAGGCGUUACUCAAACAGUUUGAAUAUCUGAACCACAUGAACCCGCAUACAUUUGAGGUUGAGGAUCUGGACAGACUCAUCAAAUCGGCUACAAAAGAUCUGGAGAACUACGACAAGGAGCGGCAUGAAGAAUUUAAAAAGUACGAGAUGAUGAAAGAGCACGAGAGAAGGGAACAUCUGAAGACACUUGAUGAAGAUGGCAGGAAAAAAGAGGAGGAACACUAUGAGGAGAUGAAAAAGAAACAUGCCGAUCACCCCAAAGUCAACCAUCCCGGUAGCAAAGACCAGCUAAAAGAAGUGUGGGAGGAGGCAGAUGGCCUUGACCCUGAAGAUUUUGACCCCAAAACGUUUUUCAACCUGCAUGACACAAACGGAGAUGGCUUCUUUGAUGAACAAGAACUGGAAUCCCUAUUCACUAAGGAGCUGGAGAAGAUCUAUGAUCCAACUAAUGAAGAGGAUGACAUGGUGGAAAUGGAAGAGGAGAGGCUGCGAAUGAGAGAACACGUCAUGAACGAGGUCGACUCCAAUAAAGACAGACUGGUGUCCCUAGAUGAGUUUCUGGUUGCCACAAAGAAAAAGGAGUUUCUUGAACCAGACAGCUGGGAAACUCUGGAACAGAACCAGGCAUACACUGAAGAAGAGAUGAGAGAGUUUGAGGAACAGUUGGUCAGACAGGAGGAAGACCUGAACCAGAAAGCAGCCGAUCUUCAGAAGCAGAGAGAGGAUCUGGAGCGGCAGCAGGAGCAGCUCAAUGCACAGAAAAUUGAGCUGCAGCAAGCUGUGGAGCAUAUGGAGAGGCUAAAAACACAAAAGGUGCCACUUCCAUCUGAGAUCUUGGAAGGAAAUGCAGUCCCAGAGUCAGUAGGACAAGACCAGCCUCCAGUUCCCCUUGAGCACCAGCCAUUACCCCCAGGACAUCAAGAUGUCCCACCACCAGCAGCACAACAACAUCACGAUGAACUCCAGAAUCAACAAGCUCUAGGACAAGAACACCAAAAUACACCCCAUGAAAACCAGCCACUGCCUCCAGGACACAACAACCCACCCGAAGACCCUCCACUGGUGCCCCUUGACCACAACAUUGUGCCAUAAGAGCGUCAUAAAGGGGGAUUGUGUGGAGAACGCGCCCUCACAGACACUUCAACAAACAGUACCUCCUGACAAAGAACAAGUCAAUGAUUAUGUGUGCUGCGGUUUUAAUUUAGUAAGAAAGUGGCUGGAUUCAUAAGCAUAAUGCAUUUAUUGCAGAUUUUGCCGUUUCAUAUAAGCGUGUUUCUUUUUGUUAUUAAAAUAAGUUGUGGAUAUUUUA